AUGGCAUCCAACAUAGACGACCGCUGGCUCUGGCUCGGCCUAGGCGUCUUCACCUUCGUAGCCAUAACCCGCGUCUCAGCCGGGCUCCACCAAGUGCGCACACUCACCGAGAUCAGCACGCCCAUCAUCCCGCCCCUCGGCCCCCGCACAGUCCACUCACCCUCCUCCACCCACCAAGAAGACGCCAUAAAGACCUCCUCGCUGCUCGUCCUCGCAACAUCCCAAAACACCGAGCUGCGCCUCUCCGCGACCAAAAUCCUCUGCUCGCGCUUCUACGCCUCGCAGAAACUGCGCAAACAUCUUGUCCGCGACUUGAAUAGCAAGGAUCCGGACACGCGGCAUCGCGCGCAGUUGGCGUUUAACCUGCUGUGUGAGAAUGGCGUGGUGAGGGAGUAUAGCGCGUUGAAGGCGCUGGAGAGUGAGCGGGAUACGGUUGAGGGGGAGCUGAGGGCGCUGGAGGAUGAGAUGAGGGGGGUGGAGCAGGAGCGGGAUGCGGUGGAGAGGGAGCUGAGGAGGAGGAGACGCGAGGCUAUGGUUAUUAGUGAGGGAGGUGGGCCGUUUACGCAGGAGGAUGUGUUUAUGCGGGAUGAUGGAGCUGGGGGGACGAACAGCUGGUGA